AUGGCUUCUGGUGAAAAACGAAUGAUUCCAUUGGAAAUCGAAGACACCAGAGAACGCCAAGAAGAAAGAAUUGACGAGAAGCACUCUCUUCGCGGUCUGGUGAAAGUAAAGUUCCCCUCAAGACCCCGACGAAGGGUGGUUAUAAUUAUUGCUGUUAUUAUAGUGGUUUUUAUCGUUGCAGCAGUGCUUAUUGGAACAUUCGUCUCGAGCUACGACAAUGAUAGAGACAAUGGCAAAAACAUAACUGAGAACAGUUUGUCCGACAAGGGAACUGUAGAAGAAGACAAAGAAACGGAGAGCAUUCGAACCUCGAGUGUGGAGGCUAUGAUCGUCGAAAGUAGUCUUACGGCAACGAAAUCCUCUGCGGUCGCUUAUCAUACCCCUCCACCUUUUCACGAGACGACGACACCACAUCUCAAGAUGACAUCUACCUCCCUGGUCUCAUUACCGAGCAACGACGUCUCUAAUGCGAGCACAAUAUUAAGUGGAAGAACGGUUUUGUCCUCGAAUACCAUAGCAACGGCCUUUCUCUCGUCUUUAGCACAAUUAGUUCCAAACGCAGAAGCCAAAUGGUCUCGUUGGAGUAUUUGGAGUGAAUGCAGUAAGAGCUGUGGUAACGGGACACGUCACCGUAAAAGGAACUGUGUUUCACCCCAAAAUCAGCUUGUCAAUUCUUGUGUCGGGAAGGAUCAACAGAACCAAACUUGUGCCGAUUGGAACUGUCCAGAUUGCGGCAAGGUUUGCGUUAAGGGAACACUGAACGAUAACUGUGAUGCCUGCACAUGUGGAAGUCACGUGCUUAGCGGUAGAGUUCAGACCAAGAAAAAUGCACCUCUGUCAGAAGCCAAAAUCUCGUUAGCGGAGACACCAUAUAGAGUCUUGGCGCAGACAAAUGCCGCAGGUUUCUUCACAGCUUAUAAUGUUUGUGCCGAUGCCAAUCAGGAGGUGCUCAUUUCCAAAGACGGUUUUGUACCAAUGAAGAUUAAACCAACCGUGACCACAUCUACAACAACAAAUGUUAAAGCCAAACUCGAGAAAGCAGUUCCACCAACCAUAACUGUCCAACCUCAAAGUAAGAUGAGAGUUUCUGGUCAUGGUGUAACGUUUUGCUGUGAUGGAGAGGGAAACCCUGAACCAAAAUUUGAAUGGUUUAAAGAUAACAACAUCAUCGAUAUAGAGGAGCUUAAUUACAACAGGACCCUUGAAAUAUCUAAUGUUAGCGGUCUCAAGGGAAGAUAUCGAUGUCGAGUCGUGAAUGACUUUGGGUCGGAAUUAUCUGAAGUUGCUUAUUUACAAGUGUUCAAUACAAGCAACGACGCUUCAUGUAACCCGACUCCCAAGAGCAAAUUCGCCACACUCCCCCCUGGCUGCGUAAUGCAAGGUACAACAAAUAACACAGUCGACGUCGGACAAUGUUCCCCAAAGCCAUGCCUUCGGAAUGAUUCCACUCAGUUAAAGACAGCAUGUCAGGAUGAAAAGUUUUGUUGCGCAGUAGAGGAGGUAGAGGACGUUACCAUAACUUGCGGUGGUGCUGCAACUUUUAAUAUAUCCAAGGUCGCUAAGUGUGGCUGUCAAGCAUGUGCUGAACCCAAAACACGCAUAACUGGUUUCGUAGUUGGUCUAGACGGUAGAGUUGAAAAACCGGUUUCUUACUGUGAGGUGAAGAUUGGAGGAGACUUCUAUAACGCCGAUGACAAAGGGCUUUUUAGUAUGGAGGUAUCUGAUGACCGAGUGCGAAUAAUAGCAGUAUUCAUGGAUACCUUUGAUGAAAAAUUUGCCGACUUUACGAAGGUAUUUCGCGUCAAGAAAGGACAGACCUUGUAUUCCAAAAUUGUUUUAAGAUUGAAACCAUCACCGAAACCAUUUAAUUCUUCAGAGCCCUUUGAUGUCCCGCUUGGAGGUGAAGGAGGUUAUUCGGGUUUUGGAGAGAUUAAAAUACCCAACAAUGCCUUGUUGAAUGAGGAUGGAACCGCUUAUUCUGGACCAGCUAACCUCAGAUUGAGUUUACUGGAUCCCCGUAAUAUUUCCGACAUUGUAACUGCUCCUGGUGACUUUUCUACCAUUAACGAGGAUGGGGAAGAACAAAUGUUAGUCACUUACGGAAUGAUUACUCUCAACUUUGAAGAUGAAAGAGGGAAUAAACUAUCAACAUCAAAAUCCAUAAAAAUGUUCUUAAGUCCCGAAAAACUUAACAUUUCAGUUGACAGCAAUGGAAACACUACGACAAAACUUUGGUGGUUGGAUGAGGCGACAGGAAGAUGGAUUGAAGCGGGCCCUUUAUGGACGGAAACGAAACAAGGCGGAAGAAAACGCAGAAGUCCUACUCGAUUUUUGGUAACUGAAAUUACACCAGUUAUACAGAGGCAAGGAUCCCUGAAUAUCGACGUGAAGGAAAAUUUUGGAGCAGUUCGGGUGUCUGCUCCAGAGAGUUCCACCGUAAGAGUCCUUUGUAAAGAGCCCAGCCCGUCAAAUAGUUACGCUGGAUACUUGGAAGAAACGGUUGCUGGUUCUGGAGUAACUUGUAUAUCUGUGUGGAUCAAUAGAAACUGUUUUAUGCAAGGGGAAGGACACGAUGCUCGCUUUUUAGUACCCCAAAUGCCAGAUUCUUUUCCAGUUUCCGUGAACGCCUCUAUUGUCUCAAGUCAGCUAAAGGCGGUUGAUAAUUCACCCUCGGUCAGAUCGUUCAACUUUCAAAUCAGCACACACAGUCAUGGCCCGGUGUAUCCUCAUGGUGAUAAAGGUCUCGAAAACUGUCGGGCGCCAGACUUGGUUAAUAGACACAGGCAAUUUGAAUUUAAAGAUUCCAAUCAGGUCGCUAAUCUCAACUUGAUAAGUGAACGUCCUGAGAAACCAGAGAAAGAAAAUCCACUCAGCUGGUACCCAAUGGGGACAAAUUUCAAUUGUUUUAUUAAAAUAUUGAUAAAUAGCAAUAAGAGAUUUAUUUUCUUAGCUGCCAGCUAUAGGGCAAAUUCAACGGACAAGGCUAACAAAUUUGGUGAUUCUGUUGCCAUGACCGAGAACGUUAAUGACAAUGCUUCCAUAGUUUGCCUUGAGGUUCGUUGUCCAGGAAAAGUUUAUCAACCAAAUUCGGGUUAUGUUAAAGAAUGGACACACGUCCUGAUUACUCAUUUGACUGGAACUUGUCACUCGCCACUUGUGACAAAUUACCUGAAACAAGACUCGUGCCCUUCUCCAUCCAUACGUCACUCCACCGGGUCCGAAAAUUGGUUCUGCAUCCCUCUAUUUCCAGAUGGAGGUUUUGACCUCGAUUAUGUAUUUACAGCUAAGCCGAGAAGCAAAAGAACUUUGGCCGCAAACAGAUGUAGAACUGGGAAAAAGAAUUGGAACGGGGGAGAUAAUACUCCCACUACGUCGGCACCGGCCGUCGAAUUUUCUUGCAGGUAA